UUCCUUUUAUCGGUAUUAUCGAUAUUAAUUUCAACAUUAUGGUAUUUAAAAUAAAGUAUUAUUGAAUAUUUAUAAAAACAUAUACGAUUUUUGCGAAUAAAGAAAAUUAGUAAAAGCAAAGUUGAAAAAGAAACUCCGUAUGUGAAUUAAAUUCACUUAUAAAUUUUUAAAAUAAUGAAUAAGGUUGAGCAACUGUCCGAUGCUGAACUCCAGGAGAAUCUAAUGGCUCUGGGAUUUCCUAAAGUAGCAGUUACAGAGACUACACGUAGUAUUUUAAAAAAUAAAUUACUUAAAUCUAAAAACAAAGAAAUUAUACAAGCUCGUCACGAGUUAGGUGGUCUAUCACCUAUGAAACGGAGAAGUCUAAACAACCAAAAAUUAUCAAAUGUUUUUGCCACUGAUCGGAAAGUGGGUUUAAACAAUUACCCGGACACUAUUUCGAUGUACUCAGUACCACAAACAGAUUCUACAUCAACUAAAUAUCGACACAUAUCAGCGAAUGUAGGUAAUAAUAUGGAUGAUUUUUUAAACGUAAUGGACUAUUCAAUUCAUGGUUCUCCAGAAUCAAAAAUGGUUUCGCUUUCGGAACAUCAAAGUCAUGAAGGAGUUGUAAGCCGAUUAUUAAGUUUUCGUGACAAAACUUUUAAAAAGCCAAAAGUAUGUGAAAAUAACCAACAGACAUGCUUAUCAUUGUCGAAAGGAUCAAAUAGGUGUCUAAAUAAAUCUGAACGUACAUUUUAUGAAUUUAUUUCUUACGUUGGAACGCAAUCUCGCCUUAAUCAAAGCUUUAAGCCAUAUUUAUUGGUUAGCUUAUUUGCAAUGUUUUUUACUACUUUGGCUUUUAUAUAUAUGUUAAAAAGUCCAAACAAUUCAGAAGUUGAUAACCUUCGAAAUAAGGUGUUAAUUUGUGAAGAAAGAAACAAGAAAACAAAUUGUAUUCCUGCUAUGUAUAUUGAUGGGACAAUGGACCUACUAAAAAAUAUUAUGGAAAAUCUACAAAUUCGAUCAAAACAAACACAUUGUAACAAUAAAAAAGUUGUUCUCACCGAAACAGAUAUUUUAAAAUCUUUGGAAAAAAUAGGAUACUAUGAUGGAAUGCAAAAGUGGAGAGAAAAUUUAUUCUUUGCAAAAAGACUUAUAGAACAAAACCCUCAGUGGAAAGUUGUAAUAAAUAGUGGUCAAAAUAGCAUCAUUGAGUGAAGCUCCGGAAGAGCGGGAAGUUGUAACAAACCAUCUCCGUGAUAAGAUAAUACCUUUAAACAAACGAAACAGUUACUUAAAAUAUUGGAAUGAAGCUUUAAAAGUUCUCGAAACUAACGAUAGCAGAAUACAAUUUGGAUUUAAAAUUAUUGAUGGCACAGAAUACCAUACUAUGGCAUGGAUAAGCAA